CUUGGCCGCACUUUGCAUCGAUUUUCGUGCUUCAUGAAAAAGUGACCAGUUGCAGUCGCUGCGAAUACCUCCUAACCCCUACAAUAAUCCCACAACAUGGCUGACGCAUCGGCAUCCGCAGCUCGCGGUGGAUUUGGCUCACGAGGUGGCGACCGUGGUGGCCGUGGUCGUGGCCGUGGACGAGGCCGACGAGGUGGUAACCGUGACUCUGGUGAGAAGGAAUGGCAGCCAGUGACCAAACUUGGCCGUCUCGUGAAGGCGGGCAAAAUAAAGUCUAUGGAGGAAAUCUAUCUGCACAGCUUGCCCGUAAAGGAGUACCAGAUCAUCGAUUUCUUCCUUCCCAAGCUUAAGGACGAGGUUAUGAAGAUCAAGCCAGUCCAGAAACAGACCCGUGCCGGUCAGCGCACACGUUUCAAGGCUAUCGUUGUCAUUGGUGACUCUGAGGGCCACAUUGGUCUCGGUAUCAAGACCUCCAAGGAAGUUGCAACUGCUAUUCGUGCUGCCAUUAUCAUUGCUAAACUUUCUGUCGUUCCCAUCCGCCGUGGUUACUGGGGCACGAACCUUGGUGAGCCACACUCGCUUCCCGUCAAGGAGUCCGGCAAGUGCGGUUCCGUUACUGUCCGUCUCAUCCCAGCGCCACGUGGUACCGGUAUCGUCGCUUCCCCCGCCGUCAAGCGUCUUCUUCAGCUUGCCGGUGUUCAGGACGCCUACUCGGCAUCCUCGGGCUCUACCAAGACCCUCGAGAACACUCUGAAGGCGACCUUCACUGCGGUUACCAGCACAUACGGCUUCUUGACACCGAACUUGUGGGCCGACAGAAAAUUGCAGCGCAGCCCGUUGGAGGAGUACAGCGAUGUGCUCAAGGAGGGCAAGAGAUACUAGCUGGUGAACUAGGACUCUCCACGUGGGGUUUUGGAAUGAUCAUGGCAGGGUGGCGUAUGGAAUCUGCUACUUUCAUGCAUUUGCUGAGGGCAUAUCAAACAUGCACAUAAGCAUGUGUGCGAUGAGAAUUGAUUAUACAAAAUGACCUUCACCGGCGCUUGCUACCCUAUGACCAUGAAUCGUUUCGCUUGCGCAUUUCAGUGCUUUUUGCCUCGGUAAUAUUAAAAACAUUCUUGAAACGAUCUCUGACGACUGCUUGUGGUUCUCUCGCAGCCCCCUGUGUUAACAAAAAGUGCACGCUUGGGUAGUAUAGAUCAAAGAGAUUUUAUCUUGCCUUUGGCAUCCUGGGGUUGAAUAGCACAGGCUUG